AUGAAGGCAGUCAUAACAAAAAUUGGGUUGAAAUUGGGUCUGCUGUCAUUAGGCGAUAUUCUUGUUGUUGUUUUUAAUUUUCAUCGUCGUUCUUUGGACAAUCAAGUAAUGAAUGGUUUGAACAAUGCCAAUGAUCUAAUAUCACGUUGUCGAAGACAAUUUUGUAGAACGUUCCUUCAAUUGUUCUUCUUCUAUAAAUAA